UCACGCUAAUUUUGGUAAUUCUUAUGCAACUCUUCACAAAAAUGAAAAUGACACUGCCCUUGUAUAAUCAAAAACGAUAGCCUUUACUCUUUAGAACACGAGGAAACAAAUAACUGAAAAAGAAGCCACGCGCUGUAAUCCCACCUUCAGUCCUCACUGCACAAAACAGCGAGGGAGCGACAGCGACGAUCCAAGUCAAUCCUUCAUCUUCUUCUCCAUACUUGUCGACAAAGUUUGAUAUUUUGAAGGUUUAGAAGGAAAGUAGAAAGUUUCUUUAAUUUUGAAGAUUUCUGAAUUCGUAACAGGUGUACUAGGGUUGCAAACUUGAUGAUUUUGUGCUGGUAGCCAGUUGCCUUCCCCUUUCAACAUGAGCAACCAAUUUGGUGAUGAUCAUGAAGAUACAACUGUCAUGGGAUUUGAAGUUCCAAAAUCUCCUGAUUCAAGUUACAAUAAUGUCUACCCUGGGAAUGAAGAUGAGGCACGAGAUCCUCCUGUAGUCCCUCCACAUCUGCAACACACGUUGCUCAGCUAUCCAGCAAGUGCAGACACAUCUGAAACUAUUCCAGAACCACAGAAUGUAAUCCUGAAUCAUCUUUACAUUGAGAACCGAGAGUCCCCACGAUCUGUGGUGGCACUUGGUUUUACUCAUCGCUUCCGUUCAAAAUAUGUCACUAUUGUGCUAUACAAACCUGUUCAGAGGAGGGGGAGUGCCAGCACUUAAAUAUGCAUAUAGUAUAAACUUUAAUUAGAGUGGUUUCAUUGCCCUGAUUGUGAUGGAAUUGCUUGUCGUUGAUUGAAAUACGAGGUUGACCAAACAGGAUAUUUAUUGUCUCACAGUAGCUCCUGGAAUUAGUUUAGUUUAGUUUUGUUUUAAGUUUUCUUCACUUAAUUCAGUUGCUGGAGGUUCAACUGGCUGUUCACAUAGAGAUCUUUUUGCACAUUAUUUUCAUUGGUGUAUGCUAUGGCACAGAGCUCGCUGGAAAAUUAAGGAAAAACACAUUCGGGAGCUCUUGAACUCUACCCAUCAGUUCUAAGCCCUCGUAGUUUUAUUUUGUCAAUCUUCGAAAUAUUAUUUUCUUUUUAAUUA